UUUCGCAACGCAAUAAUGUCAAAAAAUAGUACAAUGUUUCUUAUUGCAACGUUCUUCAUAUCUUUGCUCCUAAAUGUACCUAUUAAUUCAGUUGAUUUACCAAAUCAUCGAUCAUCGAUUCAAAACUUUCAAGACUUCCGUCCCGAGGAAGGUCUCCUGGAGAUCUUCCUGAACCCGACACCGGUCAUUUCGAAUGAUCACGCGGUGAUUGGCAGCAUUAUUGAUUCGGAUUUGAAAGCGGAGAAUAUAAAUUAUGAGCUUUACACCAAAGAUAAUAAAGAGCAAUCUGUUUCUCUACGAGUGGGUGAUAGUGCACAACUGAAAGAAUCGCCGUUUAACUCUACAUGGCCAACCAAGAUCAUCAUUCACGGAUGGGCAGAGAGCGGAAAUACUUUCUGGAUAAAUAACAUUCGACAAAAUUAUCUUAGUAUCGGAGAUUACAAUGUAAUCUGCGUAAAUUGGUUCGCUGGUUCAACCAAGGAAUAUCUAACGUCUGCCAAAAUUACUCGUCUGGUAGGAGAAUACAUAGCUGCGUUUAUAAAAUUUCUCGGAUCGGAGGUUCAAGUUUCCUACAGUGAUAUCCAUGUACUGGGGCAUAGUUUGGGUGCCCAUGUAGCCGGGUACGUUGGUAAUUAUAUGCGGGGAAGACUCGGUCGCAUCACCGGACUUGAUCCAGCUGGACCAGCCUUCGAGACACCUUAUCUGAAAGACGCGGCUGAGCGGCUAGAUUCCACAGACGCCGAUUUCGUCGACAUCAUACACACCUGUGCCGGUAGUCUCGGCAUCCUCAGACCCAUCGGCCACGUGGAUUUCUAUCCGAACGGAGGAACAUUUAGACAACCCGGAUGUCCAGUACUUUCAGCCCAAACCUGUAGUCACAGUAGAUCGCAUGAAUUUUUUGCCGAGUCUAUCGUGCAUCCUGACGGCUUUCCCGCUCUACGGUGCGCCAAUUGGAUAGAUUUCCAGCUUGGUAAAUGCAGCAAUAAUUCUACUGUGAUGGGAGAAUUUGUCAAUACUAAAGCUCGGGGUACUUUUUACCUGGAAACCAACGCAGAACCGCUGUUUGGAAAAGGCGAGAUAUAAAAGGAAGUCGGUGGACAUUUAGAUAACGUAACUUUGCAUGUCCACUUAUGACACGUAUAUAUAUUUUAUUACAAUUAUAGCAAUAUCGCAGAGAAACGUACAAAAGAGUAUAGAAAGUAUUUUACUUAUAUAUACAUAUAUAUGUAUCUAUUACACAAAUAUGAUUACGAUAUCUAGUAGGUAGUAAUAAAAAA